AUGGAAUGUCUACCUUGCGUUAAAUUAUUACGUUCGUCGGAACGUAAACGAAAAUUGAGAGUUGACGACGAUUUGGAGACCGUUGAAGAACGCACAGAAAGAUGGAGGAGUAUUUAUGUUAUAUAUUUUACAAUGUUUUUAAUGUCUUUAGCGUUCAGUAUUGUUUUAACUGGAGUUUGGCCAUAUUUAGAUAAGUUAGAUCCUAGUGUACAUAAAGAAUUUAUCGGGUAUGUAGUAGCAGCAAAUCCAUUUGGGCAGAUGUUAUUCUCCCCAAUAAUUGGAUGGUGGGGGAACAAGCGCGGAUCUGUUCGACUUCCAUUAUUAUUAACAUUAGCACUAUUUGUAGUUGCAUCAGUUAUUUAUAGUACUCUUGAAAUAAUUCCUGCUGCAACAAAAUUAGCUGAAAGAACAAAAGCCGUGUCGAUGGUUUCACUAGCUCAGGUAUUAGGAUUCGUCGUAGGUCCAGGUCUUCAAGCAGCAGUGACUCCCUUAGGAGAUACAGGGUUUACUAUCUGGGGACUGCCUUUCAACAUGUACACAAUGUCCGGCUGGAUAAAUGUAUUCUUCGGAGUGCUUAAUUUCAUUUUUAUCCUGCCCUGGGUCUUCAAGGAACACAAAAUCGCUGCCCGUGAAGCUAUGAGAGAUCAAGGGAAAGCUUCUGAAAAAGAAGCAUGGAAAUCAAUAAAGCCAGAUUAUGUAGCAGCUUGGACGCUCAUUUGUGCUUUCAUUAUUUUAGUUUUCAAUUUUGUAUUACUAGAAACACUGGGUACUCCGUUGACCAUGGAUCAAUUUGCAUGGACUAAAAAGGAGUCUCUUUAUUAUAUGGGGAUAGUAAUGAGUGUCGGGGCUGUUAUAGCUUGUAUUGUUUUUGUUAUUAUUGAGCCCCUGUGCAAA